CGACCCAACAACACUAUCCCCUUCGCCUCUCCCACUCCCACCCGCGCUCUCGACGAUCGAAGCUUCCGUCCGCGAUGUUGCCGUGCCGCCCGCUGGCGCCGCCGCCGCUGCCUCGUGCUCUAACCUUCGCGCGGGUCCCGCCGUCGUUGCUGCGGCCGCCGCCCUUGUCGCUGCGCGUGGUGCGGUGCAUGGCGAAGGAGCGGCGGGUGCGGAUGGUGGCGAAGCAGAUCCAGCGGGAGCUCGCCGACAUGCUCACGCGCGACCCCGUCCUGCAGCGCGCGGUCCUCCCCGAGGCCGCGCUCGGCGCCGACCGGUACCUCUCCUCCCUAACCACCAUCGCCGACGUCGAGCUCUCCAACGACCUCCAGGUGUGCAAGGUGUACGUGUCCGUGUUUGGAGACGAGAGGGGGAAGAAGGUGGCCAUUGAUGGCCUCAAGGCCAAGACCAAGUAUGUCAGGAGCCAGAUAGGCAAGCGGAUGAAACUGCGCCUGACGCCAGAGAUACGGUUCAUCGAGGAUGAGUCCAUGGAGCGUGGAAGCAGGAUCCUUGCUAUACUUGACAAACUGAAGGAGGAAAGGGAGCAACAAGAAGGAAAAGAUGGAGAGGAAGAUGGAGAAGGUUCAUAUAUAUCAGAAGAAGAAGAUGGUAACUGGGAUGCAGACGAGCCAGAUGAGGAGGACAUCAUUUAUGUAAAAUAGCCACGUUUUCUAGGAACUUGGUCAUCAUUCAUCCUACCACAGAACACUGCAGUUUGCUUCGGAGUUCAAUCCAGUGAAGUUUGUAACUCACUGCUCACCUGCUUGCCGAAGCGCUCCGAAGUAUCUCAGCAUUUGAAGGGCUUUGCCUUUGCAGAGCCAACUCUUUUGCCAAUUGUAGCGGGUCAUACCACACUCCUGCUGCCGAUUAGAAGCUGGUCACAUCCUUUCUUCAUGGAUCAUCAACGAGGAGGAUAUUUUAAAGAGGACUCCUGAAGAUAUAUAAUCAUUUUUCUGUCCAUUGGAUCUGAUAUCUGACCAUCAAUGCAAGCUAGUUUUGACUGAUGUUCAUUUCUGUGUUAUGUUAACUAGCACUCGUAAUGUGUAUCUUUCUAAUUUCCCCCGAGCGUCUCACUAGUUAUCUUGCUGUGUUUCAGUCUCCAAUUUCUUCUAUAAUUUGUAAGGGUGUCAAUUAGUGACCCUCAGGUGCACCUCCAACCCUCUUUAGUUCAAAAUUUUAUACCAAUACUCCAAAAUCAGAUCUCAUUUUAGAAAAUUAGUACAAAACUUUGAACUAAAAAGAGUUGGAGGGGCAUCUAAGGGUCACCAAUUUGCACCUCUGAUAAUUUGGGUACAGUCUUUACCUCUUUCUCUAAGACAUUAUGUAAUAGGGUAGCAUCAGUAUUAUUUGAUGAUAAACGAGCACUUUCUCAUCUGAGCUAGUACAAGAAAAUGAUCUGGGCAAAGUUACAAAUGUA